AUGGUUCAACUGAGCAGGAUGUUUGUCAACACGACAGUCAGAACAGUAGUCAACCUGGUGAACACAGACACAUCGACAGUCAUCGAAGCAGUUAUUUUAUUUGGCUUUUCGUUGCCCAUAAGUCUCUUUGGGCUUGUGUCUAACGUUAUCAAUAUUGUUGUGUUUCUAAAAAUAGGUGUGAAAGACCCUGUAUCUGUGUCUCUGGUCGGAUUAUUCGUGGCCGACUUCGUCUUUCUUCUGUUGGCCUUUUACCGCCCAGUUGCUGAGCUUCUGGUCUGGUCGGGUGCAGCCAGUUCGUGGGUCAUUCACCCCAAAACUGUGCAAGUCAUCGCUGCUUCUUAUGUAUCUACUUUCUACCUCGUAUCCACGCUGCUAACCACGUACAUAUCCCUCGCUAGAUGUCUCUGUGUCGCUCUAGCGUUCAAGUUUCAGCGGAUCUUCACCCUGACACAAGCGCGCCUUGUAGUCGUCUCCAUCUACGUCUUCGCUGGGCUGUCUCACGUGCCGCAAAUACUCGCCAAGACUUUGGUCUGGCGUUACAAGGCACACCCAGACAACACAACGUCGUCAUUCCUCGUACUGACAAAAUCCUCCAACUUCGAGUCUCUCUGGGCAUUUCACAACAUAGUCAACAGAACUGUCGUACCUUACUCCUGCCUUGCCAUCUGUGUCCUGUGUCUGAUAGUCUUGUCGGUCAAGUUGAGGUCAGCCUCCGAGUUCCGCUCCCAUGCUACGACUGCGACUACGACAACGACAACGACGGCGACUCCGAAUUCGACUCGGAAUAGGAAUACGACUGCAACAAAUUGCGCAGACGACUUCUCUCAAACUUCUGAGAAACCGAAAACGAAACCACAAACUACCACAUCCAACCUGAACGUGAAAGAGAUCCAGCUGAUGAAGGCUGUGUUUCUUCUCUGCGCUAUUUUCGUAUCUACGGCGACAAUCAGGGCUGCAAUGGGCCUGGCUUUGGCCAUUUUCCCCCAACUUCAAACACACGAGAGGUACAAAAACGUGCACACCAUCUGCACGAGUCUUGUGGCUGCCUUCAUGGCUUUCAAUUGUGCCGUCAACUUUUUCAUCUUCUACUUUUUUAACACGAAAUACAGACAAACUCUGGGGGUUUUCUAUGAGAAAGUAUAG